GUAACCGUUGGCGGCUCUACAUAUAAUAGGACCUUGCUAUUGAUCGGAGCCCACCAAAUCAAUUAUCCUUAUACAGAAAGUUUUACCCUCUGCGUGUGGGUUGUGAGCAUAAACACUUUUGAAAGAGAACUCGUCCGAUUCGGACUUGCAGUCGAAGUGCUGCAAAAGUGUGAAUUGAAGUAAGAUUACGUUAAGGCUGGUCGGCUGGUCGCCGUCGUCCUCGUGUCGACCGGCUGUGCGCUUGAGAACAUCUUGAUAAGCCACGAUACGCAAUGCCUUCCAAAGCCGAAGAUAUUUUGUCGGGGUUCAGAGUGAACUGGAUGAGUCUUCGGGAAGUGGAUACUGGCAAACUGCUCUGGCAAAACACAGAUGAUUUGUCUCAGCCCGAUGUUGAGCAUGAAGCACGAGUACCAAAAAGUAUUUUGAAUUGCAGAGCAGUUUCACGGGAAAUAAACUUCUCUUCUAUUGAACCUUUGGAGAACUUUCGACUGGAACAGAAAGUGCUAUUUAAGGGGAGAGCGUUGGAAGAGUGGACAUUUGAUUUUGGAUUUGUCAUCCCUAACUCCACAAACACAUGGCAAUCAAUUAUUGAGGCUGCACCAGAAUCACAAAUGAUGCCUGCACAAAUUUUGAAUGGGAAUGUCACCAUCGAAACCAAAUUCUACGAUGAUACGCUUCUAGUCUCCACGUCGAAAGUGAGGCUCUUCUAUGUCUGAAUCGAUCUCUUCCCCUCCAUUUUCUUCUUUUCUCUGUCGUUUCCUCGUUUGACAUUCUCCCGUUAAGUCGUUAUGGCAAUUGGGAUAAGCGAAUACCGGCAUUAUGAUGCGCUUUUUACACAGUCUGCACAUUGUGUACCAUCUCCUUACGCAGCGAUUUCGGUUCUCCACGAACGUCAAUGCAAUUCCGCUCACACACACAUGCUACACACGCUAUUUGUUUGCGAUCACCUGCCAUACUUCUCGGUCAAUAUCUCAUUUGCUGCCGCUGUUAUUCCUGCGCUCCAAAUUUUACCCGUUGACUGUCAGUACAUAAUAAAACUCAACUCAAUCGGUGUAUAAACUGA